AUGAAUAUCUUCUGUCAAGAAACACAGGAACACCUGCAGCAGAUCCAAGCCUCAAUAGAUAACAAUUCAUCCUCAAAUGACAUAUCUGACAAACAGAUUCUGAUUACCCCAGAUCUCUGGCUGCAAGAGGAUAUGGUCCGACGCCACAAGAAGCUCCGGACAAUACAAGAAGACAAAAAGCACUCAGAUACUAACAACAAAGAUCACAAUGACCAACCUAAAGAUCUGUCUAACCAUGUAGAAAGCCCCGAAACAUCUGGUGUGUCCAGUAUGGUUGAGAAGACCAAUGAAAAAGUCAUUGUUGAUAAAUCUCUUAAAGAGAGACUGGCAAAACGUUUGCACAAAGACCCAAAUCACACAGCUAGUCCAAAUGUGACUCCUUUACAAAAACGUCCCCAUCCAGGUCAUUCACACUUUAUUCCCUCUAUGUUCCCUAACCCAGCAAUGAAUAAUUGGUGGCACCACGCCCAAAUGUUGGCGUCUUUGGGACCUGGUUAUCCUGCGUUUAGUGGUUUUCCACCUGUCAUGUAUCCAGGAAUGUUCAAUCCUCCCUUUAACCCCAUGAUGCCAGCUGCGCCCCCAAUCCCAGAAAGUUCUAGACCCCAGAGUCGACAUAUCAAUGCCACUUCUACACCAGGUCCCGUAGUGACCCCAAAUGCUACUGCUUCUCCAGACAUCUCCCAGAGACAAUCUCAGAGCCCUGCCAUAGCAUCAAAUGCCACAAAUAAAUCUUCAACAAUUCCUAGAAAUCAUCAGUUCCCACCAAUGUGGCCUCCAGUGUUUCCCAUGAUGCCUUUGCCACCACAAAUGCCUCAGCAGGGAGAGCCCAACAUUCACACUGGUUCUAAUCCAACAGUGCCUACAUUUCCGAUACCAGCACCAAAUUGGGCCUCGAUGGGAAUCCCUCCCCAGACAGUGAUGAUUCCAUUUCCGUUCCUUUUUCCCUUGCCUUUCCCUGUACCAAUUCCCAUCCCAAUCCCGAUGAAAGCUGAACAAAUUGAGAAACUCUUGAAUCGAGUUUCUCGGAUGUCAACUAGCAGUAGCAACAAAGAAGAUGAAACAUCUUCAGAGUGUGAAGACAUCAAACCGCAGAAUCUUCAGGAACAUCUUAACCUCAGCAUGAACCACCACAAUUGUAACAAUAACAGCAACAGCAGCCACAACAGUCUCGAUACAACGUCCCUUACCCAACCUCGCAUUGCAGCAACCACCACAAAAAACAUUCCGAAGGAGUGUAUCACAUGUGCCUCGUGCAUCACCCCAAGCAAAAGCACUGUGUUACCUCGUCCAAGCUCAGUCCUUUCAAUGAAAAGCGACUCUCAUGUUUCAUUGACAGAGGUGAACAGCGUCAAACGACCACCAACUCCGGCCAGUGUCAGCUCCAUAGAGUCAAUAAAGAGAGUGCGCCAUGAAUCAAUGGACUCAAACUAUGAUGAAGUGAUAGACUUGUCCAAGGAUAGCAGUCGUGAGAGCGCACACCGUGAGGUUAGCUCUCCACACGUCCAUGCGUUAUCCGAACAUAAAACAGCAAAUUCUGUCCGUUCUACAUCAGUACCCCUGCCAAAUGCCACAGGGGGCAGUGAAACAGACUUUUUACAUGUCCCCAAAAUUCACAUUGUCUCCACACCCACAGACCCUCCCCUGUCACAGCACCUGCCCUUGCCACCAACUGAUCAUGCAUACUCUCUGAGACGUGGACUAAUUCUGGAUGCUCCAAGUGUGCCGAAAAGGCCCAAGAGCCCUUCUCCAGAGCGAAGGAAUUACAUUCGUAGUAUGCCUAGGGAUAUUAUGGAAGCCCGACGGUGCCUACGGACAAGAAUCAAGACGAAAUGA